GGGAGAAGGAAGCGUCAGCCCAAUCAAGAACGCGCCUUGGGAUCAAGUCAUGCUUCACACGGCAAAUAGGCUGAAAUUGGUGGAUGAAGGAUAUGAAAUGCUUGUCUUUACUGACAAGUCCAUCAAGUUUGAUGAUAAUUUGGAUAUUCUCCAAAUGGAACUAGCCCAUUCUGAUAUGUUGGUGAUUGUUGCAGUUAAUGAUCACAAAUCAAUUGUAUGGCUCCAGAAAAACAGUCAAUCUAUCCCAAAUGUUAUCUGCUUCGAGUCAUCUCUAUCUCUUAGCAAUAAACUUGGAGGAAAAUUUAUCGAAAACCGAGGACAGAAUAUAUUCGGCAAAUUAGCUGAUGUUGCAAAACUGAGGAGUGGUAAUGAAUCUUCAGACAUUGUCAAAACUGUCUCAGAUGCUUGGAAGAGGCAUAAUACUGAUGAUAUUAGGUUCUGUUUACUAGUUAUCAUCAAUUCUUACAUUAAACCCGUGCCGACACUCAAGAACUUAAGGGCAAAGGGAUUAUCCACUAUCAGUUGUAUGCUUAAAAAUUGCAGGACCGAGAUAUUGGACUGUUUAUUUGAUCCAAACUGCAGGAAAGCACUGCAAUGUUUAAAUGCAUGCUCGCCAACAGAUCAAGUGUGCAACUACCGCUGCAUUGCUUCUUAUGAGAGUCCAUAUUUGGAGGCCUUCUCUCUAUGUGUUUUGCAGAAGAACAAUUGUCUUGAAUUAGAUGCUGAGAUUCCAAGCAAGCCUUCAGUAUCUCCUCUAACUAUAUACAGGGGAGAGGUCUUGAGCCAUGAAAUUGCAGAAGAUCUCUUUGUUGGUUGGUUAGGGAGUUUGGAAUGGAGCUGGCGGGUAGUAGCAGGGCAAAAUCCUGCAUAUGAUCAGUUUCCUUGUCAAUACCAACUGUUCUAUAGGGGAAAAGCAAGAGGAUCAUUUUGGUACGAGCCAGUUUUCCAAGUAAAGACCCUCGAAGGGAAGCUUAUUUGGAGGCGGAGAAAAUAUCGUGUGAAGAGGGGAAAUAUUCCUGGUACAUUUUAUUUCAGUGUGCUGGAUAAUGGUGUAGUUUCAAAGGAGUUUUGGACGAUAAUUGAUGUUGCAGAUGAUUUUAGCUGGGGUUUGUUUCAUUACAGUGGAGCAGCUGCGGCAGCUGGGCUUUCAUACACAGGGGCUGUGCUUGUUAGCCCAGAUGGGAAAUAUCCACCAGAAAUGUCAAGGCAGAGGGUGAUUUCGGCUUUGGAGAAGUGUAGUAUAAAGGAAUGGGAGCUUUAUACGGUAGAUAACUGUUUGUGUACUGGUGCACCUUUAGGAAUUCCCGAGGGUUCAAGUUUACAUUCUAAAAUUCGUCAUGACUUGGAAGAUAGGCAGGUCUCCAGCACUAGAUGAUAAAUAUGGCUGUUAAAAGGUCCCUUCCACUGCACCAAAACUUUGGAAUUGUGGUGAAGGUUGAUGGUUAUAAUAUUAUACUAUUAACAUGUCUCUGCAGCUUGAGAGCCAUCUUCAUGGGUUUAAAGCCCGGACUGUCUAGUACAUUUUUGAAAGUCAGUUUUAAUGUAUAUCGCUGAUACCAUAUUGGAGGUUUCUUUUACUAUACCAAAUUUCUGAAGUUAUGCUGAAGGUUGACGUUUAUACGAGAGUAUACUCUAACAAGUGUGCUAAUGGUGAAACCAUACGUAUAAUUGAGAUCGUUUCACUUAUGGUUUCAAAUAUUGAUAUGAAUUCUCGGGCAGCCCAGAUUUAUGUGCAUUAAAGUCUCACAUAAAUAUAGAGGUGACUGAUGGAUACAACCUGAGCUGGAUACUGCAUUAGGAAAUUCAUCACUUGUACCAUGCUCGAGGUCUACAUAAGAUAAAGUUACCAACUGGCAACUGCUCCAUCAGCAGCAGAGGAUCUUGAGCUUGAUUCGGUCAUUUAAGGAUGCACCUUAUUUCUUAUAUAGAUAUUUCCUGUAGUCUGAUUGGGAAGGAUUACUUUUUAGGAAAAAUUUGGAGUUCAAAGUUAGCAUAUAACGAGGAAAGGCAAUUUGAUGAAACUUGUGCAGAUAAUAUCAGUAAUUCAAAAUGUGAUGAGUACAGCAUUCCUGUUCUAUCUACUAGCAUUUGGCCUGUUUGUUCUGAGGAAAGGUGAGGGGAAAGGCAGUCUAUCAAGAAUUUGCUCCAGGUUAUGUUUCCAGUCGAUGGUACUCACAUUGAAACAUGACUUAUAUACUCUUAUAAUUUUCAUCUGAUUUUCUGGUUCUUUCUUCUCCUUUCUUCUACUUCUAUGUAACAAUGAUGCUGCAAUAAAACAAGGUCAGAUGGUAUA